AUGAGUGAUAAGGAAACCAAAGAAAGCACGGAAGCUGGCUCAAAAGAAACGCAUCCUGUGGAGAAUGUGGCCACAUCUACCAAAAGAAAGUUAGAGGAAGGAGAAAAGACUGAGAAGAAGGAAACUUCAGAGAAGUCAGUGAAUAAUAGCACGGAGCCAGUGAAGAAGAAAUACAAGAAGAAGAGGAGACACCACAGAAGUAAAUAUAGAGACAUGCCAUCUGAUAAUGAAAACGAGGAGGAUGAGCAAGAGGAAGAUGAUGAAAAACCAGAAGAUGAUGUGACGGACGAUAAAUUGAUCAUUGAUGACGAUGUGAAAGAUGAUCUUGCUGAAAUUGAUACUUCGAACAUAAUCACCGGUAGAAGAACGAGGGGUAAGGUUGUUGACUAUAGUAAAGUGAGUGCAGCGAUCAGUAAAGAUACGGCUCUUGAAGAUGAAGAUGAGGAUGAGGAUGAAGAUUUCGUGCUGAAUGAAAAAUAG